CUAGGAACUAGUUGGCAGGUUUAUUUUGUUUCCAAACGGUCCACUUAUCAGGGUGCACACUUGGUUAAGAAGAAGGGAUUUCAGCGAUGGAUAUCUCAGGCUUUCAUUAAUAAUUGUUCUUCAAAGUGUAAAGAGAAAAGCGUGCAACCAUGCCCACUGUGGUUCUUUUGGACUCGUCGCUGUCCAUGACUCGACCCGUGUCAGUGGAGGGCAGUGAAGAGUUUCAGAGAAAGAACCUGGCAGUUCAUGGACUGACCAUGCUGUUUGAACACAUGGCCACAAACUACAGACUGGAGUUCACUUCACUUGUCGCCUUCUCCUCCCUCUGGGAGCUUCUGGUGCCCUUCAGCAGAGACUACAAUACUCUGCAGGAAGCUUUGAAUAACCUCGAAGACUAUGAUAAAACCUGCCUAGAGGCUGCAUUGCAAGGUGUUAGUAAUGUAGUACAGCAGGAAUGGGGAACCUCUUGCCCGUGUCAGGUGGUGCUGGUUACUGACGGUGCGCUGGGCAUCGGUCGUGGAUCUUUGCGUCAUUCCCUACAAACAGUGAAACAACGUGUGGACGACAAGAAGUUCCCACUGCCUUUCCCGUUCCCUUCCAAACUCUAUGUCAUGUGCAUUGCAAAUGCAGAGGAGCUCCAAGCUACGGAUAGCAUGGAUAACUUAGAGCAGCUGAUUAAUUUGAAUGGUGGAGAGGGUCAGAUAUACACUAUGGAGGGACCACUUUGUCUUAAAAGUGUCCAGUCUAUGUUUGGUAAGCUGAUUGACCAGGCAUACUCUCCCUUCCAUGCGGUGCUGCGCUGUGGGAACCUGACCUCUGAUGUGCAGGUCUUUCCCAGGCCAGAGCCAGUGACGAUAGAUGAGGAAGUGGAUCCCAUACCCAAAACAGUGCAAACAGACUUGGAGAUUGUGGGUUUUAUCGAGAUUGGAGAUAUCUCCAGCCCUCCGGUUUUAUCCAGGCACUUGGUCCUGCCCAUUGCUGUGAGCAAAGAGGGGGAUGAGAUCGGUACAGGAGCCACUGAUGACACAGAGGAAGAGACCUCCACAAAUCAGAUGGCUGGAAAGAGCCCGAACUUCUGUGUUCUUCUACAUGGCAGCCUAAAGGUGGAGGGCAUGGUGGCACUUGUACAACUAGGGCCAGACUGGUUCGGGAUGCUUUAUUCCCAGGCAGACAGUAAGAAGAAGUCUAAUCUAAUGAUGUCACUCUUUGAGCCCGGCUCAGAGCCUCUGCCCUGGUUGGGCAGAAUGUCACAGCUUGGCCCUGCCUCAGAUGCAGCUGAAAAUCCCUAUGGUGAAGAUGACAGUAAAAGUCCUUUUCCCAUACAGCCAAAACACAAAAGAAGCUAUGCUCAGAAUGUAACUGUCUGGAUUAAAGCCAGUGGACUGCAGACAGAUGUACAGAAAAUUCUCCGAAAUGCAAAGAAACUGCCUGAAAAAACACAAACUUUCUAUAAGGAACUAAACCGCCUGCGAAAGGCCGCUCUUGCCUUUGGUUUCUGGGAGCUUCUUAAGAGUGUGGCUGAACUUUUGGAGAGGGAGUGCACGCUGCUGCCUGACUCUGCCCAUCCUGAUGCCGCCUUCCAGCUCUCACAUGCUGCCCAGCAGCUUAAACUGGCUAGUAGUGGAGACUCUAAGUAUGCGGUCUUUGAACAAAACAUUACCCCAAUGCUCACUGAUUUCUCAGGGGGAGGAGGAGCCGACAGAAUAUAGAGGAUGGAGGUACAAUGCUCAAUGGACAACUACCAGAUCAGUUAUAGAUGAAUGAACCUUUAUUUAAGAACUCAAUGUGAAAUGUUUGUCCAAGGGAAAUGAGUUACUGCAGCAGAAUCACACAAAUGUGGCAUUUUUUCCAUGUUCUAGUAGUGCCACAAAGGUUUGGUGAUAGAGAUAAAAUGAGAGAAAACCUUUGUGACAUACAUAAUGAUACUGAACACUCAAUUUGAGGAAAGAUAAACAUUGAGCAGUUUUCCAAGAAAAUGCAUUUGGAGACUUUGUAAUCGGUUUUCAGACCAACAACUGUUUAUGUAAAUAACUUUUUCUAACAAUGACCAAUAAAAAUGAAACCACCUGUAGUUUAUACUUAA